CAAAAUUUCUUAUGCCAGACUCAAAUGCUAAGAUUUUUUAUGCUGGUUGCUUCAUGAGAUACUCCACCUCUGCAUUUUUUACUGCUAACCAGACCACUGAUAUCAAACGCAUCUUGAAACAAGGAGAUUCAAGCAAGAAGACCAUUAUUGGUGGGGUCGUUGGAGGUGCAUCUUUUAUUUUGAUUCUUCUUGCAUUAUUUGCUUUGUAUAGACGAUCAUUGUUCAAGAGAGUUCAUAGAGUUGACAUUUUGGGAGCAACUGAGUUGAAAGGCCCGGUUAACUACAGGUAUAAAGAUCUGAAGUCUGCGACAAAAAAUUUCAGUGAAGAGAAUAAAUUAGGAGAAGGAGGUUUUGGUGAUGUAUACAAGGGUACUCUGAAAAAUGGAGAAGUAAUUGCCAUAAAGAAAUUGGCUCUAGAGCAAUCCAAAAAGAUGGAUGAAGAUUUUGAAAGUGAAGUGAAGCUAAUAAGUAAUGUUCAUCAUCGAAAUCUUGUUCGACUUCUUGGAUGUUGCAGUAAAGGCCAAGAGAGAUUCCUUGUCUAUGAGUACAUGAAGAACAACAAUGUUGGCCAGUUCUUAUUUGGUGGAGAUAGAGGUUCUCUCAAUUGGAAGCAACGUUAUGGUAUAAUUUUAGGCACUGCAAGGGGUUUGGCAUAUCUUCAUGAGGGAUUCCACAUUUGCAUCGUACAUAGGGAUAUAAAGCCCAGCAACAUCCUCUUGGAUGAUGAUUUCCAGCCUAAAAUUGCAGAUUUUGGAUUGGCAAGGCUUUUGCCAAGGGACCAAUCUCAUCUCAAUACAAAAUUUGCAGGAACAAUGGGAUACACUGCACCUGAGUAUGUAAUGCAUGGACAAUUAUCUGAGAAGGUUGACACCUAUUGCUAUGGUGUUGUAGUCUUAGAAAUUAUAAGUGGGCAAAAGAGUGGUGAAUUAAAGAAUGAUGAUCAAGGCGAAUUCCUUCUUCAAAGAGCUUGGAAACUGUACGAGAGAGGAAUGCACAUGGAGUUUGUGGAUGAAACCUUAGAUCCAAAUGAGUAUGAUGCAGAAGAAGUAAAGAAAAUCAUAGAGAUUGGAUUGCUUUGCACGCAAGCAUCUCCUGCAGCAAGGCCAACAAUGUUUGAAGUUGUUGAUAUGAUCGAAAGCAAAGGUGGCUUAAUAGAUCACAAGCGACCCACUAUGCCUGUUUAUGUUGAUUCUAAUGUGGGGAUUAGAAGAGAUGGUUAGUAAUAGUUCAUCUCGAUCAAAUGCUACUGUCUCCACUUCUAUUCCAUCAGGAAGGCGAUACGAGUUUGAACCCCCAGAAAAUAAUAAUAGUAAUAAUAAUAAUAAUAUUGAAGAAGGAAAAAACUGGAGUAAGCAUUCGCCUUGAUUACAUUACUGAAGAUUUGAGUACAAUGAAACAUUGAAACAUGAAUUGUGCAAUAUAAUUUGGGUAGUUUGUCAUUGCCACGACUA